AAAAACAAUAUAUUUUUUUUUUUAAAAAAAAAAACCAACAACAAUAUUUUUGCUAGAUAUGGCAAUUGAUAACCUCCCUAAUGCUACAACUACUAGUGAUGAAAGCCGCCUUUCGGGUGCAUAUAUUCGUACCCUUGUUAAACAACUUACAACUUCAAAAUCCCUUAAAAAUGAUGGUGAUAUUGUUGUAGACUACACUCAAUCAUUGAUGCCUAGCAAAAAGUGUGACAAAUUAGGCAUGGCUAAACCAAGUAACGCACAACAACAACAACAAAAUGCGCAAGGCCACAAGAAACAAGUGCGGAGGCGGUUGCAUACCACCCGCCCCUACCAAGAGAGGCUUCUCAACAUGGCUGAGGCGCGCAAGGAGAUUGUUACCGCCCUUAAGUUCCACCGCGCCGCGAUGAAACAAGCCAACGAGCGACGGCAACAACCAUUAGAUGAUGCUCGUAAAGUUAAGAAUGAGCCAUGCUUAUCACCUUUUGCACCUUCUACUAAUAGUGUACAAGUAGAGAAUUUUUGUUACUAUCCAUCAUAUAACAAUAGUAGUAGUAUUCCUUACCCUAAUUUGGGUAUUUCUUCAUCACAUUUAAAUGUACCUCCACCUUUUUAUGAUAGUCUAAAUAAUAUUCCUCUUCCAAAUCAAACCCUAGGGCUUAACCUAAACCUCCAAGCUUUUACAAACUUGGACACAAACUUUUGCAAUAGUAUAAACACCACUCAUAACAAUAACAACAACUCAUCAUCAUCAAGUUCUAAGUACAACUCUUGUUCAUCAUCAAUGUCACCCUCAUCUUCAUCUUCUUCCACCCCAAGGGAGCUUAGCGUCGCGGUAACGGGGGUGGCCGAGGGAGUGGGACCCACUAGUAAUGGUAUGGGAGCUAUGGAUAUGCAUCCUGCACUAGAUGAAGAGGAGAUGGCAGAGAUGAGAUCGAUAGGAGAGCAACAUCAAAUAGAGUGGGAUGAUACAUUGAAUUUGGUGAAGUCAGCUUGGUGGUUGAAGUAUCUUAAAACAGUGGAUUUUGGUAAAGAAAUGAAAGGGAGUUAUGAUGAAUAUGGUAAUAAUUAUUAUCAUGGUCCAUAUGAAGAGUUCAUGGAGUUUCCACCUUGGUUGAAUGCAAAUAAUGAUGAAAGUUUCUUGCAACAACAUCUUGAUGAUUCUUGCUCUGAAGAUACUACUUUGCCUUGGAUGGAUAUCGGAGACAUUGAUGGAAUGGAUGAUGAGUGGUUAUCUUAACACUACUUACCAGUUUCCAGUUACCAGACUGAUAUUGCUUCUUCCCAAUGAAGGUCUUGCAAGGACAAAAAUUGAGGAGGUUUAGAAGAAGAAAAACAAAAGUGAUAAUGGACGAUCAACCUCCUCAGAAUUGUCAUUUACCCCUUUAUUUUUGUUUGUAAAAUAAAAGGCCGAGUUUGCUCUGAUAUUUUUAAAAGAGAAGGCAUGCCAUUGGAGGGGAACAUAUAUACUGUAAGACUUAAGAGCAUCGACCGUCUAUGUUUAAUUAGGUUGUCUAUGUCUCUGUCUUUAUUUUUAUAUAAAGUAUCAAAUUAAUUCA